CGAGUGGCAGAGCCAGCCCCACUGUCCCUGUGUCACAGAUGGAGGUGUGUAAGGUGGGAGUAGCAGCAGAUCUGCCCGUAUCCUGGGAGGAAUGGGGGAUAAGCCAGCCUUUGUGAGGAGACCUUUGGCCCCUUAGCAGCCUAAGUUUAGGUGUAAUGAAAUUAUGAGUUGUGAAGAUGUUCUGGAAAUUUGCGUUGCUAGAAACACCUUGAAUUUAAUGACUUUUUCAACCUGAAGGUGCUGUAUCACUUAAAGUGACACUGUGAAUUCCUUCUGUGCCCUGCACCUGCAGUCUGUAAUGGAGGGAAAGAGGUUUAACCUUGCUAACGGUGAGCUCCAACUUAGCCAGGAGCCGCGGCAGGACCAGCUGCCCACAAGCAUCCCGCUCCCUGUCAGUCACCGGGAUCCGGGGAUGGACAGCACCAGCCCAAAGAAUAGGUUCCCCAGCAUGAACUUUGAAGCAGAGAUUCUGACAGAUCCACACGAUAAUUCAGAGCUAUAUGUGAUCCCUUCCAUGAGAAGUCUCACGGCUGAGGAGUAUGUAGAGGCCUUUAAGUCAUUUUUGGAUCAUUCAACAGAGCACCAGUGCAUGGAUGAGUUCAACAAGGAAGAAAUGCCCAAUAUCAUGGCUGGUCUCGGCAAUGGAAGAUCGACUAUAAAUGUUCUGGGAGUUGGAAGCGGCACAGGUGAGCAGGAUUUGAAAAUGAUCAGGAUACUCCAGGCUGCACACCCAGGGGUCCUUAUUGACAAUGAAAUCAUAGAGCCCAACCCACAGCACGUGGCAGCUUACAAAGAGUUGGUGAAUCAAGCUCCAGACCUGCAGAAUGUCUCUUUUAUUUGGCACCAGCUCACUUCCUCAGAGUAUGAACAACAGGUGAAAGAGAAAGGUGCACAUAAGAAAUUCGACUUCAUCCAUAUGAUCCAGAUGCUGUAUCGUGUGGAGGAUAUUCCUAAUACUAUAAAAUUUUUCCACAGUUGCCUCAAUCAUCAUGGUAAACUCCUGAUCAUAAUUUUAUCAGACAGUAGUGGAUGGGCCAGCUUAUGGAAGAAGUACAGGCACUGCUUGCCUUCCACCGACAGCGGCCACUACAUCACCUCCAACGGCAUCACGGAUGUUUUGAAGAGACUGGGUGUUGAAUACCACGUUUAUGAGUUCCCGUCGGGCUGGGAUAUCACCGAGUGCUUUAUUGAGGGGGACCCAGUUGGAAGCCGCAUGAUGGAUUUCCUGACAGGGACAAAAAACUUCCUGGGCACGGCUCCGGCGGGGCUGCGGCAGCGGCUGCAGGAGGCUCUCUGCCAGCCCGAGUGCAGCAGCAAAAAGGAUGGGAGGAUCAUCUUCAGCAACAACUUGAGUAUGAUUGUGGUUGAAUCCUAGAGCCUGGACCAACUGCAGAAGACAAGUUAGUGUGGGUAUAGGGGCGAUGCGGUUGCAGAAGGUCAGAACAUAAAAAGAAGGCAACUUGCAGGUGGAAAGUUAAGAAAGUGGGACUCAGCCAUAGCCUCCUGUUCCCAGCCAGGGCCAGCGGACACUGCAACACCAGGGAUGAGCUCUUUGUCCCACUGAGGUCAACGGGGCCAAGAUUUCACUCUGGCUGUUUAGUCCAGCCCUAUGAGAACGUUCUCCAGAAAGUAAAGAGCUCCGUCUCUUAUAUGGACUUUUUUUUUUUUUAUGGUAUGCAUCUUGCCUGUGAUUUUGAUGCUGGGAUUUCCACUUUUCUAUAUAGCCAGUGUUUACAUGUCUAAAGACAUGUCUGUGUGACUAGGUGCUGCUUUGUAGCUGGGGGGAGGCUGCAGCCCCCCGUACUGGCUGCAUACGGACCCACUGCUUCCAGCUGCGCCAAGACAAAACAAGGUGUUCCUGCUGCUUUGCACCCAAAUAAUGUGCCUCACUGCACCCAGACCUGAGCUAUAAGUUGCUCUGCACUAGGCUAUUUCACACGGAUUUUAUCAGUGUAGGUAUUUACUACUCUUAGUGUUUCAGCAUCUCACAAUAUAGACAUGUCUUAAAAAUUUAUCAGCCUUUUUGUUUGGAGAAUUUUUCCGAUCCCAGGAUGACACUUGCCCUGUGCUCUUUCAGGCAGAUAUUAAUUUUCUUACUUUCUUACUACUGUUUUUCUCCAUAUAAAAUAAAUAUAAUCUUAAA